GUUUGGCUUUAGUGUCCGGGAGUGUGAAGAUCAGGGAAGAUCAAACUACCUCCUGGAGGUUGACCCCUGAGUCCGUGUCUCCCCUUCAAGGAUACAGGUGGCAUACUAGGGAUCCCAGCACAGCACUACUGCGUUCUGCCAACCUUGCCAAAGCCAAAAUGUCACAAUUCUGUACAAUGCCAACUGGAGAGAGGAAGCAGCGCGCAGCAGCUAUUUGCCGAGAGGUCCAUGGUACCAAUGGUGACGUUAUGGAUCUGGGAAAGAAGCUCAGCACCCCUAAAGACAUUAUGUUGGAGGAGUUGUCAUUACUUUCCAACAGAGGGUCCCGGCUUUUCAAAAUGCGCCAGAGAAGAUCUGAAAAAUAUACAUUUGAAAGUAUCCAAAAUGAGGCAAACACACUGCUGAAUAAUGAUAUUUUAGCUCAGAAUGCUCACAUUGUGGAAAUUAAAGUGGACCCACCCGCUGAUGGCAACGCUGCUACACCAGAAAUCACUGUUUCAGACAUGUCUGCAGAGAAUUCAAGCACCACAGCUAUGCAUAAGUCCUACCACUCCCCAUGGGACCAGGCCAUCCUCAUGGACCCCAGCCUCGCCGAAACUCUUAAACUGGAAACUUCAGCACCAGACCCAAAACAAGACCUUCCCGAGUUCAAAAGCUUUAACCGGGUCGCCACUCCUUUUGGGGGAUUUGACAAAGCUCCCAGAGGAAUCACUUUCAAGCUCCCGGAGAUAGACCUGAACCCCCUCAAGUACCCCGAGCUGCAGGAGCCCGGGGUGAAGAGACCCACAUUCAACCGGACGGCCUGUGGGUGGAUAUCUGAGGGCACCCAUCUGAUCCUCCCCACUGUCACCCUGGAGCCAAUCCCAGUCCCAGAGUCUGAUGACCUGUAGGUGGUGUUUCUAUUGGUAACCUGGCAACAGGAAGUGGCUGUAGUAUUAUGGCCCUGCCUGUAAUGACAGCAAAAUGUUAUUUUAGGUGCACAGUCACUAUUCCCUAUCAAUGUGUUGGAUUUUUUCCCCCCAAUAGACACCAUGUUUCAUGUAUUUGUUGACUUGUGUGUUUGGUGUGCACUUAAACUGUAUUUAAAGAAAACCAUGUAAAUAGCUAAAUGAACGGGCUAUACACAACUCAAGAUGUUGAAGGGUUUCCACUCAAAGUGAAAGCAAAACUGUAAAUGUUAUAAAUGUUACGAUGACCUGAUGAAUAUGUAAUGUAAAUAAAAAACGUACCUUAUUUAUUGAUGGUACACAACUGGAA